UGGCUGCGUAUAAUGUUCAUUACAAUCAUGUUGUGACUUGAUGAGCGGCGAGUUGCGACUGUGCACGCCGAGCAACAGUCGACAUCCCGGAUGGAUCAGGAGUUAGAGGAUGUCCAAGUGGUCCGACUGAAGUGCUUUACACCAAACAGUUCACUGACUAACUCACUUCUUUCGCCCCACUCGGGCCUUGUCGGGGACGCUCGCACAGCAAUACAAAAGUUAUGUACAUACUGACAGAUAGAAGGGACAGAAAUUCUUCCGUGCGUUGUACGGCCCAUACUCAGCCAUACUAGUCUGUACACCAUGUAGACCUAGUACAUACACGUCGAGUGAAGUCGGAAGCAAGAACUGCGAAGCCGAAGUUGCUCGCCUCACACAUCCUACCAAGGAAUAGUGUCGUACUAAUACUAGUACUAGAUCUAUAUAAUUAUUCUAUAAACUAGAACUGGUAGAUAUUCGAAGCCGAACUGUGACGAUCCGUGGAUUUCGCACGCUGUACGCAGACAUUUCGCCGCAACAACAAACGUAUUGGUGGCGGAGGCUCGAAUGUUGUUACGUGGCUUUCUGCAAGGUGUGGGUAGUGUGGACGCUUGCUGCCGGUGUCGGUGCGUUUCCGAGCGAGUUGGGACCAUCUUGUGAAACUGAGUGUGGUUUUCGUCAGGCGAAGCGUCAGGCGUUUUCGCUCCUGUGAACCUGUGGGGUGCCAUCGCUGAAGGCAGAAUGGGGAAGACACGCUUCGUUGCAAGCAGUUUUUGAAGCUCCCUGUGUCCCGCUGGGCCAGUCGUGAACGGACCGGAUCUGGAAGGAGUGUGCUGAAAGACAGCUCGUCACCCAGCCACACGGCGGCCGGUGGUAGCUGGGAGGGUUAGCAGCCGUGAGGAGCGGCGGGGUUUCUCCCCAAGCGUUACAGUGCGUGUGUUCGCUGUACCACCGUUGAGCCAUGUCGUCAGCCGAGGAGGACACCAUGGACACCGGUACGAAGAUCGGUGGCUUUGUGCAGGAGCACGCCGACCUGAUCGUGAUACUGCUCGGCGUGGCCCUGUUCCUGUGCCUGUGCCUGCUGGUCGUAAUAUUACGACUCUGCUGGCAGCAACACAGGGCCAAGCGGGAGAUGGAGCUGCUGACGCCGGCGAAAGGACAGGGAUUCCGAGCGGCCAAACCAAUCGCCAGCAUCAACCGACCGCCGCCCAGCAUUGGCAAGCACCCGCCGCAGGAUAUCUUCCGCGAGAACCGUCCGUCGUCGCCGUUGAAGUCGCCGGCGCUGAGCAAACGCACGCCUCGUAUUUCUCUCGUCGACGUCAACGUUCACCCGCCGCCCGUCACCGGCUCCAUAGCCGUAGGUCAGCGGAAUUCCAACGCCUCCUCGCCGUACACGUCCUCGUCCGGAGCCAAGCUGACCUCGCCGCGACUGAAGAGCUCACAGCAGCAGCAGGGCAUUAGCAGGGGUCGCCAUGGCAGCGUGCAGUCCGCGAGUCUGUCGCCGUCGCCGGACUCCUCCACCGCCAGCCCGCCGUACGCCACACCGUCGCAGAGCAGGUCGGAGCAGGACGACGACCCCACGUCGCCUCGGGUCAGCCCCCGCCCGUACGAGACGCGAGCAACUGGGGCGUAUCCCUACCUGCCCAACACGCAGACCCGGGCACAGCAGCGGGAGCUAGAUGAAACCGAUCAUCAUAAGCAGCAGCAGCACGAUAAGCAGAAAGUGGAUAAGGUCAAGCUGCUCAUGCAGAAGAACGUCAAAACGCAGACGUUGCCGGCCACGAUGGGCAGAACGGCCGACAGCGGCUCAACCUCACAACAGGCGCGACAGGGCCGCGCCAAGAGCAUUCCAAACGAGACGGAAGCGGCGCGAAUCCAGGACCUGUCACGCCACCGCUGCAGCUCGCCAGGCAGCUCUCAGCCGCAAGUCACCAUCGCCAACAAGGUGAAACUCAAACCGGCCCGCACCAAAGAGCUCAUGGCCAGCUUCAAUGACCAGCACAGCGAGCAGAAAGCGGCCGCACAGCAGCAGCAGCCGCAGCAGCAGCCGCGCCCGCUGAACAAGCGGCGGCCGAAUCAGGUGUCGAGCGGCAGACUGAGAGACCCGUCUGCCGUGUUGUUACGCAAUCGUAUGUCCACCAUCUCUGGCCUGGGUGUGGUGGCGGCAGAGUUUGAGCGUUCGCGCAAGCGCAGCCACAGCCUACCCAACCUUAACCAGGAAGGUGAGAGCGGCACGGCCGACAUGGCCGCCAAGGUGCGCUCGGCCGUUGCCAAGGCGAGCGUUUCCAAGGCGAUCUCGAUGGCCGGCUUCAACUUUGUGUACUCGCCGGCGACAAGUCGCUGCACGUCUCCGGGCAUUGACGAGGAAGUCGUUGGGCAGUACGGAGCCAUCAUGUUCAGUAUUCGCUACGAUCGCUUCCUGCAGGCAAUACUGAUAAGCAACAUACGCUGCUCAAAGCUGCCCGAGCGCGGCCGCAUCACACUGCCCGACAGCCGCGUCAAGUGCCGACUCAUGCCCAACAAAGCGCAGAAGGAGAAGACGCGGGUGGUGAGUGGGUCUCGCGAUCCCAACUUCGGUCGCGACGUACUGACCUUCCGCCACAUCCUGGAUGGUGACGCUCAGCACUACUCUCUCCUCUUCGAGGUCCAUUACUCUAUGACUCUCUCGCACGGCAAGAAGCUGGUCGGACAGUGCCUGUAUCACGUAGCAGAGUCGCCAAGGCUCACCGAACGCGUCGCCAUCUUCCGCAACCUCGAGAAGCCGAGUCGGAAGUAUCGUCGCCAAGGCCGCGCGUCCUUCUAAGGCUUGAGCCGCCGCCGCGGUAUGUACUAGUAACGUGUCAGCGAGAGCAAGUUCAGCUUGAGAUAUACGUGUGUCACACGCACUAGCAUGCCACCAAUCGCGAACUCAGCUUGAGAUGUACGUGAGCCGCACGUACGACGAGCAUGUCGCCAAGAGCGAACCCCGUUCGAUACCGUCACGAAGAUAAUGUGAUUGCAAAGUUGCUUUUAGAAAAUGCAGUCCCGCUUCAACUUGCUCAAAUUUGUGAAAUAGCAAUUCUUUCCCGUCUAAGACUUAUUACUACAUGUACGCCAGUACGGUACUGGACUGGACUGGACUGGCCAAGAAUGCAAAUCAGCGGAGAACAAGUUCAUGCAUGCUCGGACCGAAGCUGGAUAACAAUGUAUCCCCACAAUGGCUGAGUGAGCCUCAAUUUAUGCCCCCCCCCCCAGUAGCUACCGCUGCUGCCACUUGGUUUCAUCAGUGAAGAAAAACCAGCAGUAUGCAAAUUCUCUACCCAUCUCUCUCUCUCUCUCUCUCUCUCUCUCUCUCUCUCUCUCUCUCUCUCUCUCUCUCUCUCUCUCACACACACACACACACACACACACACACACACACAUGCCUUGCUAGCACGCGCAUGUUACCGCAAUGACAUGACCACCUCGAUAGUCAGUAUCGCUUACGCCAUGGUCGAUAGAGCUGACAAAGAUUUUGAACUCUAGUAAAUUAUAACCCACAAAACUAACUAGUUAGCCAUGCUAUAAUGUUAUUUAGUAUUUACACCUCUGUGCAUACCUGCAAGAGUGCAUACAUUUUUGUUUUGUUUUAUGAUACCGUACUCUUGAAACUGGAUCAUUACCUGGAGCUGGUUGCCAUGGAUACGAAUUCUCUGAGCUAUUUCUCCUUCUUUUUGUUCGUCGCAACCUUGACUGUGGCACAGAGGUAUGGCACGCCUAAUGACUAUUAAACACUGCACUAGAGUAAGAUCUCUUUUCGUUUGAUACGCACUGGUUUUACAAUAACGUAUGUGGAGACAA